AUGGAAGCAUUUGAAGUAAAUGAAGGAUAUGUAGAAGAAGAAAUUGAACCAUUACAUAAGAAAUAUCCUAAUUGUUGUCAAAUUGCUUUUAUACAAAGGGCAUUAAAAUACAUUAGAAAAGGAAGUUUGAAUGUUAAAGAAAUUGGUCAAUUACCACAUACACUUGAUAUUGAAAUGACUCAUAAAAAAAUUACAAAAUGUUGGGAAAAAGAAAAAGAAAAGCAUCCUAAAAGUCCAUCAUUAUUAAGAACAUUAUUCAGAAUGGAAUGGGGUCAUUUCUUGAUUUGUUUUAUUGCAAUUUUAAUUUCUCAACUUUCAACAUUAGUUAUUCCUGCUAUUAUUCAAUUUAUGGUAGAAUGGGUUGCUGAAGAUGAACCAGAAACAUGGAAAGGAGUAGUGUAUUUGAUUGUUAUUGCAUUUAUGCAAAUUCUAACAUCAUUUUGUUUUCAGUUAUCAAUUAAAUGGAUUUUUGUGUUGUCAUUAAGACUUAGAAAUGGAUUAAUUUCUAUGAUUUAUGAAAAGUCAUUAAAAUUAAAUUCAGCAUCAAUAGAAGAAACAGGCAAGUUAGUUAACUUAAUGUCAAAUGAUGCAAUGCUUUUUGUUGAACAAUUACCAUUAGUUAUUACUGGGUCAUGUGCACCAAUAUUAUUUUUAGUAGUAUGUAUAAUUCUUCUUUGUAUUAUUACAUAUUGGGCUUUUAUUCCAAUUGGAGUUUGUUUAUUAUUUGUAUGUGUUAAUAUGUUAUCAGGUAAAAUGAUUGGAUUUUUCUUCCGUAAAACACAAAAUGCUACUGAUAAACGAUUAAACUUUUUAGGAGAGAUUUUAAGAAGUAUUAAAUUUAUUAAAAACAAUGCUUGGGAAGAACCACUUCAUAAAAGAUUAAGGAAAUUAAGAACAAAGGAAUUAUGGUGUAUGGGAGGUACAAUGUCAGCACGAUCAUCGUUAGUUACAUUAAUGUUAGAACUAUCACCAUUCAUGGCAUUUAUAUUAUAUCUUGUUUAUAUUCAAAUUGACUAUCAUUUAGAAGUUGGGAAAGUUUUUACUUGUAUUGCUUAUUUUAAUGCAAUUAGAAGACCAUUUAUGAAUUUUGGAUACUUUGUUUCAUGUGUAACAACAUUUAAAGUUGCUAUUGGAAGACUUCAAGAAUUUUUCUUGACACCAGAACUUCAACCACAAGAUAGAACAUCAGCACCAAAUUCAGAAUAUGCAAUUAAUAUGAAAAAUGUUAAUUAUAAUUUCCCUAAUGGAGAAACAGCAUUUAGUUGUGAUGAAUUAAAAAUUAAGAAAGGAGAAUUAGUAUGUGUUUUAGGUAGUGUUGGAAGUGGAAAGUCAUCAUUUUUAUUAUCAAUAUUAGGAGAAUUAGAACAAAGUAAAGGAGAAACAAUUAUUAGUGGAAAUAUUACAUAUGCAUCACAAACACCAUGGUUAAUGAAUACUACAGUAAGAGAAAAUAUCUGUUUCUUAGAGAAAUUUAAUAGAGAAAAGUAUAAUAAUGCAUGUACAUGUGCAUGUUUAAAUAGAGAUUUACAAAUAUUAAGAGGAGGUGAUAUGUAUGAAGUUGCAGAAAGAGGAGCUAAUUUAUCUGGUGGACAAAGACAACGUAUUUCUAUUGCAAUAGCAUUAUACAACUCAAAAGAUAUUGUUAUUUUUGAUGAUCCAUUAUCAGCAGUUGAUUUUCAAGUUGGGUCAUUUAUUUUUGAACAUACAAUGGAAGGAUUGUUAGGAAAUAAAACACGAAUUAUUGUCACAAAUCAAACAUAUUUUAUUGAUAAGGCAGAUAGAAUUAUUGUUAUUGAAGAUAAGAAAAUUGCAUUUAAUGGUAGUAUUGAAGAAUUAAGAAAUUCAAACUUAGAAGCAUCUCAAUUUGUUAAAACUGUAAGUUCUAAAAAGAAAGAUAAUAAUAAAAAACAAGACACUGAAACAGUUCCACAAGAUGUUGUUGCUACUGAUGUUGUUGAAGAAAAGAGAUCUGUAGGAGGAGUUGCAUGGAGUACAUAUUGGCAUUAUUUUAGAGCAGGAGGAUUUAUUGGAUUAAUACUUUGUUUAAUGCCAUUUGUUGUUAGAUGUGCAUCAAGAGUAUGUUACAAUUUAUUUAUUACAUUUUGGACAAAUAAAAUAGAUGAAGAACAUCCAGAAGGAGAUACAUAUUAUUUCUAUGCAAGUUCUAUUUCACUUGGAGUACAAAUUAUUUUUACAUUAAUGUCAAUGAUUGGAAUAUCAAUAUAUGGAUUAUUAUGUGCAAAUGGAUUACAUAAAAUGAUGAUAAGAAAUUUAUUUGGUACAUUAUUAUCAUUCUUUGAUAUUACACCAUUAGGAAGAUUAUUAAAUUACUUUUCAAGAGAUUUAAGAUUUGUUGAUUUUAGAUUACCUCAACAAUAUGAACAAUUUUUUGGACAAUGUUGUGAUAUUAUAGCAAUUUUUGUUGUAAUUUGUACAUGUUCAUAUUAUUUGAUUAUUGUUGUUGUACUUGUGUUAAUUGCAUUCUUUUUAUUCCAUAAAUACUUCGUAAGAGCAUCUAUUGAAAUGCAAAGACUAGAAGGAGUUACACGAUCCCCAAUAUUUAUUCAUUUUGAUCAAACAUUAUUAGGAUUAGCAACAGUUAGAACAUAUGGUGGACAAGAAACAUUCUUAGAUGCUGUGAUUAAGAAGAUGAAAAACAAUACUUUAUCAUAUUAUACUCUUCAAAUGGCUAAAUCAUGGUAUUCACAACGAUUAGAUUGGUUAGGUGUUGGACUUGCUAUUAUUACAGUUAUGGUUAUUGUUAUUUUGAAAAUUAAAGGAGGAAUUGAAUCAGGAGUAGCAGGAGUUGCAUUGAUGAAUAUUACAACUCUUGGAGGAUUUAUUACAGAUUUCUCACAAAAUAUAUUAGAAGUGGAUAUUGUCAUGCAAUCAGUAGAAAGAGUAUUAGUAUUAAAAGAUAUUCCUGUUGAAGAAACAAAAGAGAAGAAAAGAAAGUAUCAAGAAAUACCUGAAGAUUGGCCAAAAGAAGGAAAGAUUGAAUUAAAGGGAUAUCAGUUUAGAUAUCGUGAAGGAUUACCAUUAGUUUUAAAAGGAGUAGAUGCUAUUAUUAAUGACAAAGAAAAAAUAGGUAUUGUAGGAAGAACAGGAAGUGGAAAAUCAACAAUGAUGGCAGGAUUAUUUAGAAUCGAAGAACCUGCAGGUGGAUCAAUUCUUGUUGAUGGUAUUGAUACAACAACAAUUCCUAUGCAUACAUUAAGAUCAAGAAUGUGUAUUUUACCACAAGAAGCAACAAUGUUUAGUGGUACAAUUAGAGAAAAUCUUGAUCCUACAUUCCAAAAGAAUUAUAUAGUUACAGAAAAUGGAGAAAACUUCUCACUUGGAGAACGUCAAAUGAUUUGUAUGGCAAGAGCAUUAUUAAAAGGAGCUAAAAUAUUAAUUAUGGAUGAAGCAACAGCAUCAAUUGAUAUUCAAACAGAUAUCAUGAUUCAAGAAAUGGUUAGAAAGAAUUUUAAAAACUGCACGACAUUAACAAUUGCACAUAGAUUACAUUCAAUUAUGGAUUCUAAUCGAGUUAUGGUAUUUGAUGAUGGUCAUUUAAUGGAAAUGGAUACUCCAAUUAAUUUAAUUGAGCAAGAAACAACAAUAUUCAAUAAUUUGGUCCAACAAUCAGGAUGUGCUGAAGAGCUUAAACGAUUAGCAAAAGGAGAAGCAUCUAUUGCUGAAACAUUAAAAGCUGAAGAUGAGAAAAAGAAAAAACAAGAUGAUAAAUCAUCAGAAUCUACUGAAAAAACCAAAAGAUCCAAUGCCACUUGA